AUGUUGUUCAAGAAAUACAAGAAGUCCGGGCUCUUUUUCGGGGUCUGCCUGUUGGCCACUGCGUGUUGGGCGCAAAACGACACUGCCACACCGGCACCGGCGGUGACGACGGCGCCAGUGGGCGAAGUCCUAGACGACACAGACGCCAUCAGCUGCAUGUGCGUGCCAAGGGACGAAUGCAAGGACGAAACCGUCGACAGGAAACGGAAGACCGUACCGGCGUCCAAGGACGACAUCUGCGGUCCGGAAAUGGUCUGCUGCUCCCACCUGAUCGUGCGCACGGAGAAGACGGUCGAGACGCACUCCUACUACUACAGCAAUGCGAAGAACGCCGAAGCCGAGGGUGUUGCGAAGGCGGGAGAGUUUCCUUGGCAGGCACUAUUGUUUUCGCAAGAGGAGGAAUUUUUGUGCUCAGGAGUGAUUGUGAGCCCAAAGCAUGUACUCACAUCGGCAGCGUGCGUCCACGAAUUUCAGGGUGACAAGGCUUCCAAGCUAGGUGUCCGUCUCGGCGUGUUAGAUAGAACUGUCGACGAACCGUCUCCAAUAUAUCAGAACUACACUGUGGAGAAGGUCGUGGUGCACCCGAAAUUCCGCUCAGCGUACAUCCGCAACCUGGCUGUCAUCAAGCUGGGCCAAGAAGUGGGCACCACACCGAGCAUCGGUCGCAUUCCUGUUUCCCGACCUGAGGACUCGUUUGUGGGCAAGACGUCGUGCCUGGUCAGCGGCUGGGGCAAGAACCUCAAGCGCGGUUCCCUGUAUCAGCAACUUCGCAAAGCGAACGUUACUGCCCUGAAUAGGACUGACUGUCUAGAGCAGCUGAAGAAGACAAAACUUGGCCCGUCAUUUAAGCUGGAUAAUGGUUCCAUGUGCGCCGCGGAAAACACCACAGCUGCUGCGUGCGAGGGUGACGAAGGCGGCCCGAUGGUGUGUAAGCGAGAUGGAGAGGACCGAUUUGUUCUCGUGGGCAUUGUGUCCUAUGGAGACCUGCUCUGUGGUCAGAUGGGCGUUCCUGCCGUCUUUGCAGACACGUCGAGGAACAUCGAUUUUAUUUCCGAGACAACUGGGCUACCCAAGGAACGCUUUUACAAGUCUUAGCAGUCGCAAAGUUUCGCGAAACACUUGGCUGCGUCCAUUGCUGUAAUACAGUCCGAUGGAAAGCUUCUGAAAGGCAGCCUAUGCAACUUAAUGCGUAGAAUAGGCAAUUAGUUUAUUGCCCCAUCGAUUUUAUGAAGCCAUCAUUUAAAUUCACACUAUUGGCAUUUUGACGCUCUAGAGUAGAUUCAUUAUGUAACUUAUUUUAGCAGGCAUAAGUGCAUCCUAAUGUCUUCUGCAGACUUCAUUUGUAACAACUAUGAACAUGUUAACACUACGAUGUCAUAAACGAUCUUAAUAUGACUAGACAGUUUGCAAAACGUGAGGCGCCAGGCACUGGCAUCAAGAGGCAUUCUAGAAAAUUUUUGUAGCAGCCAAUGGAUUCCAUGUAGGUGAACGGGGGAGGCCUGGCGAGCAACUGCACUACCCUUUUUUAGAUCUCUGUAAUGUCAUUUGGUGUAGAUUGC